GUGGAGAAGGAGGUGGCUUGCGGUGUUUGGUGCGGUGCUCCGAAGUUUUGUAAAAAUCUGCUUCGUUGUUUGAAAUCCACCCGGUUGGUCCAAUGCAGCGUCUGUCAAACGCAGCUGCUCCUCAACCGUAUAAUCCAGAGCUGGCGUUUGAAUUAUUGCUCCUGCUGCAUUAUAGUAGGUAGACUAAAUCAAUUCAUCGGAUCAGUCAGGGCAAGGGAUUGAGUUUCUGUGGACCCCGAGAUUAUUUCUCGACUUGUUUCUUCUUUUAUGACGUGUGCAUUCGGACUUGUCACGAGCAACCGGCGCAGCAAGUGUGGGCUUGAAGUUGAGACUGGAGACGCACAUGUGCAUCCUUCUUCCUCCGACUCCGGACGCAUCGACCCGUCAGCAUUCUGGAUAAAAGUAGUUUUUUUCUGUUUGGGAUUUCGUUUGAAAUAGGAGGAAAAGGAGCAAAACAACAUGUCGCUCAGCAGAAGUAUUGAAUUUGAACACUUCGAGGAACGAGAGAAGCCGCACCGGACACCGAGAACCAACUCUGGCUCCGGGUCCCAGUCAGGCUCCAGGGGCAACGGUCUGGUGCCCAGCCCGGCGCACAGUGCGUUCUGUAGUUUCUACCGCACACGCACUCUGCAGUCGCUCACGUCCGAGAAAAAAGCCAAAAAAGUGCGGUUUUAUCGCAACGGGGACAGAUAUUUUAAAGGAUUGGUGUAUGCCGUGUCUAAUGACCGGUUCAGGUCUCUGGAUGCUCUGCUCAUGGAGCUCACGAGGUCCCUGUCGGACAACGUCAACCUUCCUCAAGGAGUCCGGACGCUGUACGCGUUGGAUGGAGGCACGAGGAUCACCAGCCUGGAUGACUUAGUAGAAGGUGAAAGUUAUGUGUGUGCCUCGAAUGAAACCUUCCGACACGUGGACUACACCAAGAACGUCAACCCCAACUGGUCGGUGGGCUGCAAGACCGGCACGUCGCGCUCCCUCACCUCUCUCAUCCCGCUGAAGAGCGAGCUGCAGCAUGAGUCCAAGGGCUUCAUCAAACCCAAGCUAGUCACGGUCAUCCGCAGCGGUGUCAAACCCCGCAAGGCAGUACGCAUACUGCUCAACAAGAAGACGGCACACUCCUUCGACCAGGUGCUCACCGACAUCACAGACGCAAUCAAGCUGGACUCCGGAGCUGUGAGGAGACUGUACACUUUGGAGGGCAAGCAGAUUAUCUGCCUGCAGGACUUCUUCGGGGACGACGAUGUGUUUAUAGCGUGCGGUCCGGAGAAGUACCGCUAUGCUCAGGACGACUUUGUGUUGGAUCAAAGUGGUAAGGCUUCCACAGCCUUUAUGACUGAAUGCAGAGUGGUAAAGACGUCGCACAGCCGCCCUGCUACUCCAAACCGGACAGCUAAGAGCCCCAGACCUUCGCGGCGCAGCAGGUCCCCUGGUGCAGCAAGACAACCUGUCCACUACUCCACCAGUCAGUCUCCAAUCAAAACCCCAGUAAACAGUGUCUCAAGCAGCCAGAUCUCAACUCCCAAGUCCACCACUCCGUCGCCCACCAGUCCCCGAACCGUCCCCAGUUUUAAGGUCCCUCCGUCACUUUACAGCUCAUCCUCAAAUGUAAAUGGAUCGCUAAACAACCACCAGGAGCAAAGUGAUCGACUGAGUCCAGAGGCAGUUAAUGGAAACCGCUACAUGCCUGCCUCAACCAUCUUGGAAAAAUACGAGAUUGGCAAGGUCAUCGGAGAUGGCAACUUCGCUGUGGUCAAAGCGUGUGUGGAGCGGUCCACAGGAAAAGAGUUUGCACUGAAGAUCAUCGACAAGGCCAAGUGCACUGGAAAGGAGCGCCUCAUAGAGAAUGAGGUCGCGGUGCUGCGGAAGGUGAAACACCCCAACAUCAUCAUGUUGAUAGAGGAGGUGGACACUCCCUCUGAACUCUACCUGGUUAUGGAGCUUGUCAAGGGAGGGGAUUUAUUCGAUGCCAUCACCUCCUCGGCCAAAUACACAGAGAGAGACGCCUGUGUCAUGGUGUACAAUCUCGCUGGAGCUCUGAAGUACCUGCACAGCACGAACAUCGUCCACAGAGACAUUAAACCAGAGAACCUGCUGGUGUUUGAAUAUCCAGAUGGUACCAAGUCAUUGAAACUGGGGGACUUUGGCCUGGCCACAGUGGUGGAAGGACCUCUGUAUACCGUGUGUGGAACUCCUACAUAUGUGGCUCCAGAAAUCAUCUCGGAGUCCGGUUAUGGUCUGAAGGUGGAUAUCUGGGCUGCAGGUGUCAUCACCUACAUCCUUCUGUGUGGCUUCCCUCCAUUUAGAAGUGAGAGUAACCUGCAAGAGGAUCUGUUUGACCAGAUCCUUCUAGGGCGACUGGACUUUCCCAGUCCUUACUGGGACAACAUCACUGACUCAGCCAAGGAGCUGAUUGGAAAGAUGCUGCAGGUCAACGCUGAGGCUCGUUACACAGCACAAGACAUCCUCUACCACCCGUGGAUCACGGACGAAGCAAUCAUGGAGAACAACAUGAAGAUGGAGGUCACAGGUAAACUGAAGACGCACUUUAACACUGCACCUAAGCACAACAACACCACAGCUGGAGUGUCCGUCAUCAUGAGCACAGCUCUAGAUAAGAAGACCAUCCCGCUCACCACCCUUCAUCGUCCACAGCCCCAAACAGUGCCAUGUCCUCCGCCGUCGGCUGGCAAGAAAGUCCCAUCUUCCCUUUCAGUCAAACCAGCCUCACUGAUGAAGUCAGGACCGGCUUCACCAAACAAAUGGGCAUCACGCGCCAAAGAACCAAAACCCGCCACGCUGGCGUCACCCACCAAGACCGCUCGUCUCAAGGCACCCAAGACUCUUGUGCCUGAUGCUACAUCCACCUCUGAUGCUCCCUGCUCUCAUUCCCCAACUGACGGUGUUGAUUUCGCUCCUUCUGCCCCCAUAAGUUUACCUCAUUUCUCCCCUUCACCCUCUGCCGAAACGUUCCCUAUCACCCGUUUGCCCGUUUCCUCCAAUCCUGAUAUAGGAACUUCACCCUUCUCCGCUCCCUGCUUUUCUUUCGAAACUCCCUCACUCUCUGACCAUCCUGCUGUUUUUACCGGCAACACUCCCUCUACACCCGUCCUGUGCACUCCCCCGUCAUCUCCAACCAAACCAGCCCAAACCUCCUCUUCUCCUACCAAACCAGCCUCUCGUUCUCCCUCUUCUCCUACCAAACCAGCCUCUCUUUCUCCCUCUUCUCCCACCCAACCAGCUUCUCUUUCUCACACCAAUCAACUCCCUUCCUCCUCUCCUACCAAAGAGGCCACAUCCCUGUCUUCCUCUCCCACAAAACAGGCUUCUCCUUCCCCAGUCUCCCCCAUCAAACCUAUCAUAUUCUUCCCGUUCUCUUCCCCAACCAAACAAGAACCUCCCUUUCCAUCACCCAUUCAUCCAACCCUGUUUCCCUCUCCCCCCUCUACACCUCCCAGAUCCACAACCCCGCCCUCUCCCAUUGCUUCUCCUUCUGCCAUCCCUCUACCUGCUGAAGAGCUGAUGGAGAAGAUUUAAAUGGCAAUUUUGUUGCCAAUUUCACACCUCACUCCUUCUCUUUACAUCUAUGUGUCAGAAAACGUUAGAUGAGGAGGUUAAAACUCCAUCUUGAGCCUUUCCAGUAGCUGUAAACUGAGCCAGUGACUGCUGUGUCCAUGUUUUUAUCUCACUCUCAUCCCACUCAUUUUCAGAGACUGAGGAUACAAGUCGUUUUCAAAGAAUUUGUCGAUUGUAUAUAUAUUUGUAUUUAUUAUUAGAGGAUGCGUAGAAAGGGAAUGAACUGAAUGCAUCUGAAUGAGUUGUUUGUCUUUAGUAGUCCUGCAUUACUGUAUCACGUUGAUGUGAAAUAUUGUAUUUAUUAUCCCAUUUUGACUGCCUGUGGCUCUUUUGUAAAUAGUUAUCCAUUACUCACACCCACCAUUGUGAACUCCUUUUGCUUUAGCAGAGACACUAGGUCCAUAAUACAUAGAAGUAUUUCAGCAUAUCAAAUAUCUGAACUUGCAAGCCUAGCUACCUGUAAUCCAGCUACUACCACGAUCAGUAUAUUCUGUGGCCACAGUCAUCCCAAUGGUAACCUGGAGUUUACUGUAAAGUAAGUGUUACUCUACAGUACAGUGGGUUGACAAAAUAAAGAUAAUACCUAACAAAGAACCUAGCGGCUAAUAACGAGGAAGGUCAUGCUUUGUUUGUGAAACAGUUUCAUCUCUACUUGGAGGUUCUAUGCGUUUGUGUGCAAUUAAAUAACAUUUAAUGAGAUAUGGAAUCAUCUGUUAAUUCAAAAGCAAAUAUCAGGAGAAAAAGAAACUGGGGGAAAAAUAUAAUCUACACAAUGUUUUGUAGCAGGAGUGUGUUUUUCCUUCCUUGCUGUCCUGUUAAUCAUCUCCCCUUCCCUUUAUCCUGUGACCCCCCCAGACCCACAGGGUUGGAACCACUGCUCUUGUUAUUUAGCCAUGCAGAAAGCUUUUAUUUUAUUUCACUUAUUUUGUCCAAUUCAUUGUAUUCGGGUAGGAACAGUUAUUUCAGAUAAAACGCAUCUCGUAGGUAUUUAGGUAGAUUAUCUUGUGCACCCACUGAAACUGACAGAUAUGCGGACACAUUAAUCCAAAUACUGUUCAUACGUAUUAUUUGAUGUGAACACUUUAGUACAUACAUCGUGUGAAGAACCUUAGUUGUCCACUUGAAACUUGAAGGUUUGUUUUUGCCUUUGCGCGUCUGAGCAGUUAAUGGCCCUCAAAGUCCGGGAUGACUGCUGUACAUAAAAAAUAGAGCGACUAGAUCGAACAGACAUGAAACCUUUGUUUCUAAAGGACUGCAAUUUCUUUUAAACUGAACUGCUUUCUGCUGUGAAUGCAGUAAUGCACAGAAAAAAACACAUUAACUUAGAAUACCAGUUGAUAUAACUCCCACUUAAAAUCCUACACUACGGUUUGCAUGAAGCUAGUCAACACAGCAAUGGUUUUUGAUCUGUUGGAUUUAUAUGAAUGAUUGUGUGUCGAGGUGACGGGUUUGUGCCGGACCACUAGCUAACAGCUCAUAGCUUAAUGAUGCCUUUAUCAAAACCCACUUGACUGAUAAAUGGGACUCAAAGUUUUGCAUCCUGUAAAUAAGUCAAGUGAUUUGUUUUUGUUUUGUGCAAUUCUGUUAUAAACUCCACAGCAUUUGUCCCAGCUGUGUAGGGCUUAGUCAACAUGCCUCUUUGCCUCUUCAGGACUUCCUGCUGCAUGCAUAAUCCAUUUCACUUCCUGCCUCCCUGUUAGUCGAAACCCUCACGCAUACACCAAGUCGGUUGAUUAAAGUUGGUACAUUAUAUCAUUUAGCUUCCUCUUAUUUAAAAGUAGACUUUGAUAUGCAGUUUGUAAAGGGAAUUUGUAUGAAAUGUUUUAAAACCAGUUUAUCAUCUGUGUCAUACUGGAGCAAUGUUCUUUAUUGUGCAUUGAGUGGCUGCUUUUAAUGUCCUACUGUUUAGAAACAGAAUAGCAAAAAUGCAAUAAAGACUUCAAAUGAA